UCACUCUUGGAAUGACUACACAAAUUCGGGAGUCGGAUAAGAUGGGAGUGGAUUCAAGCCAAGAUGGGUAUGCUUCCUUCCAACUUCGUUUCUUUCCGUCAGAGGGGCGUUUCAUGGCGUCAUCCAUGUACAUGAUAACUCCUCCAGCUCCCAUUGUACGUAUGUGUGCAUAUUAGAACCUUAAGGAACGCUGUCUCGAAAGCUCCAGUAAGGCGGGCGAAUCUUGUAUAAAGUCGUCCAACCCGAGACAUUACUCUUGGAGUGCACAUCCUUGCUUGCCUGAGCCCUGCUUCACCCUUUGUGCUCUCACAACAACGUACUUUCAUCUAACUAUAACACGAGUUCUUGAUCCGCCGUCAGUGUAACUGCAACAAAAUGGUUGGCCGUCAUUCAUACGUUCCACAUCGUCGAGCUCUUUAUGCACUCCUUUGGAUGAUAUCCGUCGCAGAGCUCGGUUUCACUGCCUACCGCAUCCACUAUACGCGCAAGAACUUCGGUACUCACGAAUCUAUCAUCGUCGAGUUACUCGUUGUCUCAAUUCUCACCAUCAUCUGGGCACCUCUAACACUCAUCUUCCAUCGUUCCGCUCCGAAUAGCACCGGUAGCACGUCCACAUCCCGCUCUGGUGGAUUGGGCUUCCUCCAUGGCGAAACGACAGGCAACUUCAUCAUCUGGGUAUUGUGGUUGGUCGGUGCAGCGAUCGCAACACAUAACUGGCCUACACGCGCAAUCGCCGGACCAGGCAAACAGGGCCGUAUUCUGAUUACGAUCGUUGCCCUCGCAUGGGUCGCAUUUAGUCUUUUGACACUUGCAAAGAUAGGUGCGAUGAUGGAGUAUAGUGCAAGGAACGCAAUUGGGGGAGGAGCUGGGUUUUCAAAUGGGUAUGGUAGGGAGAAGGCUGGACCUGGCAAUGUAGGUGCCAACGCUGGCAGAGCCACUCCAGCAACUACUGUCUAAGCGCUACUCAAAUAGGAUAAACAAGCUGAAAGUGUACUACCUAAUAAAAAUGCAGAUUUAUUGCCUC